GGCGCGGCCCCGGCACAGCCGCACUGAGCCCGCCCCGCCGCAGCCCGGCCCGGCUCGGCCCGGCCCGCCCGUCCCCGCCGCCAGCGAGACAGAGCCGCCAUGGAGGUGUUCAUGAAGGGCUUGUCCAAGGCCAAGGAGGGGGUGGUCGCCGCCGCCGAGAAGACUAAGCAGGGGGUGGCCGAGGCUGCCGAGAAGACCAAGGAAGGGGUCCUCUAUGUCGGAAGUAAAACUCAAGGCGUGGUGCAAGGUGUCACCUCAGUGGCUGAGAAAGCAAAGGAGCAGGCAUCCCAGCUGGGCGAAGCAGCGUUCUCAGGAGCUGGCAACAUAGCGGCAGCCACUGGGCUGGUGAAGAAGGAGGAGUUCCCUGCGGACCUGAAGCCUGAGGAGGUGGCCCAGGAGGCUGUUGAGGAGCCACUGGUUGAGCCGCUGCUGGAGCCAGAGGGGGAGAACUACGAGGAGCCCCCACAGGAGGAAUACCAGGAAUACGAGCCAGAGGCAUAAUGGACCCCCAUCCUCGCCUCUUCCACCAGCAGCACAACGAACCGCCAGGAGCCCCCUGCUCCUCCUCUGCCGUUCCUGGCCAGGGCCUAUGUGCCAGGGAGGAGCAGGGGUGCCCCUGCCCUGUUCGCUCACAAGUUCUUCCUCCAGUUCCGUUCCAAGGGACCAUGUCUGUGUUUCUGUACCGUGUCUAGCAGUGAGAAAACCCCUCUGUGUCCAAGCUCCCGAGCCCUGGUGUGUGCCCAAGCCAUGGGCACUGCCCACAGGGGCUAGUGUGUGUGUGUGUGUGUGUGUGUGUGUGAGGCCUGGGUUUAUGGCUCUGUCUCCCUCCCAGCGCCAUAAACCCUGGCUGCAUCCCAGCGUGUCCGUGUCUGUACGAAGCAUGGUUACCUGCUCGGGCUGCUGUACAUUCUGCUUGCACGCGUGUCCUUGUGGCUCUGCUCUGGUCAUCAUGGAGGUAUUUUUUUUUACAUAUCUAUCUCUCUAUCUAUGGGUGGACAGGUCUUUUGCCUUUGUGAAUCCUUGGCGCCCAAGCCUGCUUCCCGGCCUGCUGGGUGGUGAUGGUGCCCGCGCGCCCUGCCCCGAGGCCCCAUAGUGCCGACGCUGUGUUGUGACGUGGCAUGGAUACCCCCCCCCGGGCCCCUGUCGCUGGAUGUGCAAUACGAGGGCAGCUGCCAGUGACACAGCUGCCCCCGUUUCUGUGAAUAAAGCCAACUCUUGUCUGUA